CGCUGCCGGGCAUGGCGAGUGUGAGGGCGUUUAUUCCUGAGGGAUACGAAGCUUUUGGUCAUCACUGUGGAAUUCCUGGUAUGAGGAGGCAGAGCUUCAGGGUAGAGAGAAGAUCCUUGCUGAACAGCUGUAAUGAUGAAGACAGUGAUUUUAAUUGUCCUAAUCACCUUCUCUUUGCUGGCUUCAGGGAAGAAAUUCCGAUGGUGCACCCUUUCUGACCUGGAACAAAGAAAGUGUGCUGAGCUCUCCAAAGCUCUUACAGCUGUGCUGCCCCUCACUACUGCUGCCAGUUCUUUUACUAGGAUUUCUUGUAUCAGAGCCCACAAUACCUAUGACUGCAUUGAUAAAAUCAGGGCAAAUAAAGCAGAUGCUGCCUCCUUGGAUGCUGGAGAUGUUUACUCUGCUGUAAAGCUGUACGGUUUGGCAGUGGUGGCAAAAGAGAUCUAUGAUCAAGGAAAUUGUGUGUUUGCUGUGGCCAUUGCCAAACGAGGAACUCUGGAUAUGCAGAGUCUGCGAGGUGUGCGCAGCUGUCACAAUGGAGCCAGGUGGACAUCGGGCUGGAAUAUUCCACUUGGCUUUCUCCUUGCAAGAAAUUAUCUUUCCUGGGAUGAGGCCCAACCUCUGAGCCAAGCAAUUAGUGAGUAUUUCAAUGCAAGCUGCAUCCCUGGGGUUGGUGUUGCUGCUCCCCGAUUGUGUGCUCUCUGCCAAGGUCAAAAAUCCUAUGUCAGAGACAGAAACCACUUCUGUGAGACAAGCAGUAAUGAACCCUUCUAUGACUCUGAGGGAGCCUUCAGGUGCUUGAAGGAUGGAGUGGCAGAUGUUGCCUUUUUGGAUCAUCUAAGAAUUAUGAGUGCCACAGAGUCAGAACAACAGGAAUAUGAACUCUUGUGUCCUGAUGGGUCCACAGCUGAGCUGACUGAAUACAGCACCUGUAACCUGGGCAAGGGGCCUGGCCGCGGCAUCGUCACCCGCAACAACUUCCAGAAGGUCACCAACAAAUUUCUUAGCAUGAUCCAGCGCCUCUUUGGGCAUAAAGGAAAGGAAAGAGCCAGAUUUGAACUCUUCAGUUCAGCACCAUUUGGGGGAAAGAACCUGCUGUUCCAAGAUGCCACUCAGCACCUGCAGCUUCUGGAGGAGCAGCUGGAGAUUGCCUAUGUCCUUGGUCUGGAUUAUGUAGCUCUCCUUAAGGGACUCGGCCAUGAAGGGAGCUCUUUGGACAACAGCAUUGUGCGCUGGUGCUGCAUCAGUGAUGCUGAGCUUCGCAAAUGUGAGGAGUGGGCCCUGAACAUCAAAUCCGACCCGUUGGUCUGUGUCCAAGCAACUUCCAUGACCAAAUGCAUUGAAAUGAUCAAGAGUAGUGAGGCUGAUGCGGUCACCCUGGACGCAACACACGUGUACAUUGCAGGGAGAUGUGGGCUGGUGCCGGUAGCUGCAGAAUGCUAUGGGAGAGAUUGUGCCCCAGCAGCUGAGACCAUGGAGAAAACAGGGAAACUAAUUAAUCUUAAGCACAAAGCACUACCACCAGUUUAUGCUGUUGCCCUAGCUAAGAAAAGUGCCAAACAGAUUCACAUCCAUAACCUGAGGGGAAGGCGAUCCUGCCACAGUCACCUGUACAGUCCUGGAGGAUGGUUACUUCUGUCCAGACACACAGUGGGAGCUCAGCAGAACAAUACUGAGAACUGUGAUAUUGCCUCUGCUUAUCAGAAUUACUUUUGGAAGGGCUGCAUGCCAGGAGCAGAUGGGAACCUGUGCAAGGUGUGCAUUGGAGAUGGUGAGGUGGAAGGAGCUCGAGUGUCCAGCAGAUGUGCUGCAAGUCACAACGAGCGUUACUAUGGCAAUAUGGGAGCACUCAGGUGCCUAGUUGGCAAUCCCAGUGGAAGAAGCUUUGGAGAUGUAGCUUUCCUGGAACACUCAAACCUGCUCCAGAACAUAGAGGAUCUGGGCAGCUCUGGUUGGGCAAAAGGUUAUAGCCCCCUUGACUUUGAACUCUUGUGUCCGGAUGGAACACGCGCCGCAGUCACAGAAUGGGCAGGCUGUAACCUUGGCCCCAUUCCCCCCAGCACAGUCAUGACUCGACCAGUCACUGUCACUAAAAUCUCUGACUUCCUACUGAAAUCUCAGGAAUCUCUGGGAAGCAAAUUGGAUUCUGAAUUCCAACUCUUUCAGUCAUGGAAGUAUGGUGAAAGUGAUCUGCUUUUCAAAGACACCACUCAGCACCUUGUUCAUGCAAGUCAAAUGAGCUAUCAGGAGAUCCUUGGAGAGUCUUUCCUUCAGCUGGCAGAAUCAGUGUUUAAUUGCACUCCUGCAGGCAUCUUGGACUUCUGCAAACAGGAUAUCUGUGCAUCCUCAUCCAACUGACAGCUCAUACAGAAGCUCUGCAGAGCACAUAACAUCAGCAUCGUUGCUGAGAACAAGGAAAAUGUGCAAGUCCAACCAAUCCAAAGCAAUCAACAAGGAAACAGUCAUCUCUAGAAAUAUAUGCUGAACACCUUCUUGUCUUUUUUUUUUCCAGCAGAUUUUAUGUUUAUGAUGAUGUAAUACUGCUCAUAUAUCAUCCCUUUCUUUUUUGGAGCACGGCAGCAUGGGGAACAGCACAACCAACAGCACAGAACUAGGAUCAGCAUUGUGGAAAGAGCAGGGCCACUACCAUGGACUAAAAUACAGACUGGUAUGAGUGGUACAGGUUAGUUGGUAGCAUUUUGCCUUGUUUGUCUUAUAAAGUUUCCAUGCAAAUACCCCAAUCAACUGAUACUUUGGUAGUUGCAACAUUGUCUUUCUGUAUCUGUGAUUUUGGUUGCAGCUAGAUAGCCCCUGCUGAAUGCACAUCUAUAUUUCUUCUUAACCAGUGAUUUUUUACUAGCAAAUCAAAACAUUUUUUUCCUCACAAAUAAAUGUAUUAAGACAUUUAAUAGCCAGCAGAACUGGAUGCUUGCAGCAGUGGAUAUUCCCCUUUGCCAGACCAUUACUUUAUAUUGGUGCUUUGAAUUUAAGAUUCUCUGAAAUGUCAAAAUACUAUUUGUCAAUUACACACCACAAGUUUUACAAGCAGAAACUGCCUGAACAUGAUAUGAAGCCUUUUGAACAGAAAUCAUCUGUUCAUCAUCUGUAUGCCAUCUUCUCCCAGUAUGGUGACAGAGCCAAAUCCUCAGGUGCAUUUGCAGCCAGCAAGCUGCAGCCCUGAAGGAGCAGGGGAAAGAGCAGGAUGCUUCUUUAGGCCUCUCAGAUGUUCCUGCCUUUCUUUCCUGGAGCUUCCCUGCCAUCUGUGGGGCCCGUGUGACACUGCACUUGGAAGAAGGCAGCUGAGAACACAGUGAAGAAAUGCAGCUGGCAGCCUAGCUUUGCCAAGACCAGCCUGCAGCUGAUCAGGGAUAAAUUAAAAAUCUGGGUUAUGUACAAGAUGUUAUGGGUUGGGAAGGCAGGGAUGUUGUUUUCUGACACAGACGUUACCGACGCUUACUAGGCCUUGUGGAUGAUCCCGUGCUCCAGCUUUGAUUCACAAACUGUGUGCUGCCCUGCACAGCCCGUGGUACCUGAACCACUGGCCAGCCUCAGCCUUGAAUCUCAGCUCUGAGCUGAGCAGGAACUGUUUGUGCUUUCUGUGCUCCCUGGCUCCUGCUACUCUGCUUUCUGAAGAGAUGGAUGCUGCCUCAGUAUUCUGAAUAGCAGGUGAGAUCAUGCUUAAUCUCUCCCAGGCUGGGAUGAAGGAACACCAGAACUGCUGCUCUGUGUCUCAAUAACAGCACACCCUGUUACCCAGCAGUGCUGAUCUCUUUGGAGAUUUGACCUUUCCCCCCUGCACGUAAGACAUACUAUCAUGCAUA